UGGCAGGAACAUGUAAAAGUUUUGCUGUGAUGGAGAAGGAUUUGUUGAGACCGAUAGCGCGUCGUCUCGGCAUCAGGUCGUGUUCAGUGUUUAACAGAACCGUUGAAUUGCUUCGUCUCGUGGAAUUAAAAUGUUGCCAAAGUGCUGUGAUGUUGUCCAACAAUUGUCGAGCGGUUGUGUGUUUGGAAUUGGCUGCUGAAGAGAAUAACGAGCCUCUUUCUAGAACUGAGGCAAUAAGAAUAUCCGGACAGAAAAAGAAAACAUACGAGUCUGCAUAUCAGACGAUUGAGAAAAUGUUGGGAUUGAGAGCCAGAUUGGGAAUACACGAACUGGCAGUUCAAUGUGGUUGUUCUGAGGUUCGUGAACUAGCCCAAUCUCUCAUGACACAAUAUGAAAAGAACAUUCGAGCAAACCUGUCAGUCAGUAGGCAAAAUGAUUUGGACCUUUCUCAACCGAUAUUUGCUAUAGCUGCUCUACAAGUCGCAGCCAAGAAACAGAAGGUCUGGGUUGACAAGAAGAGGCUCGUGUCUCAUGUUGGUAGGAAGAAAGCAGCACUGACAAAGAUCAUAUCUGAGAUGGAAGAAUGUGUGAAGCAAAUUGAUAACAAAAAGCAGCAGAAACAGUCCAGUCAACUGUUUGACUGUUUAGAAGUCAGUGGUGAUGAAGAGAAUGACGUGCACGCUUCCAAGAAGCAGUGCAUUGAAUCAGAGGAGCUCUUGCUGGAAGAUUAUGAAAUAUGGAAGGCCAGAAUUUUAGCAGCAGCUGAACAGGCUAUUGUCGAAGGGAAAGGUCACAUAAAACCAGACACACAAUGCAGACCAGACUAUAGCUGAUAGUGACUGUAAUUGACUCUCCUGGGUAUGCAUUACAUAUAUGCUGAUAUAAAUCAGUAUGCAUUGAACAGAAACUUAUAAUUUUAAUUGUGACUGAGUGGAGUCAAUUUGAGGUAUGUACUGUUGUUGUGACACUUUGCUGUUGUCAACUCUGUCUACUUGGAGCAUACAGUGCGAGCUGCUCUCCACUGACGAUCGACUCAUGGGGUGAGGGAAAGACAGGGAGAUAUGGAGUUGUGUGUUACACCAGACUAUUACUGCAUGUAUUUUUGUUGCUCACUGUUGUGUUGUUAGGUAAGAAACUAUUUUUUGAUGUAAAUAUUUUAAAACACUAGCCGUUUCCAAAAU